AUGUACUGGGCAUUCUUUGGUCCUCUUAGUAGAAUCCCUGGUCCCUUUGCAGAGAAAUUUAUUUCAGGAUCUGAAUUGUUCUUUGGUACAAAACCAGGUCAGAGAUUCAAAAAGGUUAUAACGUACCAUCAGAAAUAUGGACACGUUGUUCGUAUUGGUCCUAAAGCAAUAUCUGUGUCUGAUAAAGACAUCAUUAAACAAGUAUUGGUUACUGAAGACUUUGAAAAAGGUCCAUCCUACACAAGAUUUCAAAAUGGUACCAGUGCCAGCAUGCUUGAUACAACCGACAAGAUCUUUCAUAAGCAAAGGGCAAUUUCUCCUGCAUUCUCAAUCAAGUACAUAAAAUCUCUUGAACCUCUCUUUGAGACUGUUACAGAUGAUUUUAUCAAGAGAAUAAACAGAGAGAUUGCGGCUAAUAAGCAAGAUACCGACUUUGCUACUGUCGAUAUAUGGUGGCUACUAAGGUGCCUUGCAUUCGAUAUUAUCGGCGAAACAUCAUUGGGAGGUACAUUCAAUAUGCUGAGCAACAAUGAUCAUAUUAUGCUCGUAUCUGUCGGAAAGCUAUUGAGAGGUAUUGAUUUUGUAAUCAAUCACCCAUGGAUUGCAAAACUCAUACUCCUCAGGAAGGUCAAGAAAAACCCUGACCUAGUGAAUUUUGUCACAAAUCUUAUCAAAGAACGUGUUAAAAACAAGCAAAGGCGUGAUGACAUUAUUCAAAUAUUGAUCAAUACUCAACAAGCCCCCAAGGAAGAAGAUCGCUUGAGUUCAGAUGAUAUUGUCGUAGAAACAACAUUAUUUUUGGUUGCUGGUGCAGAGACAACAAGCAAUACAAUUGGAUUUAGUAUGAUAGAGUUGUGUCGUAACAAGAGCGCUCUGAACAGACUCCGCCAAGAGAUUGAUGCCAUUGAGCUAGAAGAUGGAAAACAAGUAUUUCAUCAAUGUCAACUCAGAAAUCUGCCUUACCUCAAUGCCGUGAUAAACGAGACAAUGAGACUAAAUACUAUUCCUUCAAACGGCCUUGAAAGACUAGUGACUCGAGAUAUUGUUAUUAAAGGAGACAUUUAUGUGCCAAGUGGAACUACAGUAAGAUGCUAUACCGGUAUUGCACAGACCCAUCCUGACUACUGGUCAGACCCUAUGGAAUUUAAACCCGAGAGAUGGCUUCCAAAUGCUGAUCCAAAGCCAGAUAUGGGUGCCUACAACCCAUUCAGUGCAGGUUCAAGAAAUUGUGUAGGAAAAGAGUUUGCAAUGAACGAGAUGCGUCUUGCUAUAUCUACCAUUAUAAAGCAUUAUGACAUUGAACCUAUUUCAGAAGAGAUGGAAGUUGCAAGAGAAACUCGUUAUUUCAUAACAUUGACACUGGCAUCUUCAAGUUUCAAGAUUCGUAUGAAACACAGAAACUCUUGA